CGGAAUCUGACCAAUCGCAAGAGCGCAAGAAGAUACGUUAUUUUGAAUGAGCUAACUCGUAAUGGCAUUUAAAGCGGGUUGAAGUAGAAUAUAACUUGUGUGGAAAUUUUUUGGAGGUGCCUGGAAUCGAAUGGACUUCAACUACUCGUUUAGUGAAAUAUCUUAUUCAUUUCUGUAAUUUUUAUUGAAAGUUUCUCCUGGAUUUUGUGUCUGUGUCCAUUUUAUUCGUGAAAAAGUUGUAGAACCAUUGUAUUCAUUUUCGCGUUUUUUCGUCUCUGCAAACCUUUAUAUUGGUAGUUCUAGGGUUAAUUUUGUUCCAUAAGAAUGUUGAAAGGCAAGGGAAAUAAUAUUCCAUCACGACCUGCAGUACCACAAAUGGGCAUGAGUUUGAAGCCUAGUGCUUUUAAACAACUACGAAUAUCGAAACCAACAACUGUUCCGACUAACAGUGGUUUACCAUGCACUGCAGAGGUUCAAAAAAGUGAUGUCGACAGUACAGUUGAUGAUCAAGUAAAAACAUAUAUAUCAAAAAACCAACCUGUAAUUCAAAGUGAUGAUCCUAAGACAGCUACGGAAUUAAUGCCACCACCUAAAUUGCCUCCCCCGUUGAAAUCAGUAGAUCAACAGCCUUCGCAAAAAGAUAAAGAAAAUGUUAAAAGCACUGAACAGAAAGUUGAUCAAGCCAAUAAAGAGGAUAGUAAAAAGAAAGGAAAAGACAAUAUUGAGCCUGCAAAAAAAUGGGUCUUGGGUGAUUUUGAUAUUGGAAAGCCUCUGGGAAAAGGAAAAUUUGGUAAUGUUUAUUUAGCCAGAGAAAAGAAGUCUAAGUUUAUUGUGGCAAUGAAAGUGCUCUUUAAAGCACAAAUUAAAACAGCUGAUGUCGAACAUCAAGUCAGAAGGGAAAUUGAGAUCCAAACUCACCUUAGGCAUCCAAAUAUAUUACGCAUGUAUGGAUAUUUUCAUGAUGAUAGAAGGAUAUAUUUGAUCUUGGAGUACGCUCCAAAAGGGGAGCUAUUCAAGCAACUCCAUAGUCAGCCAGACAAACGUUUUGAUGACGUUAGGACAGCCACAUAUAUCUCGCAAUUGGCAGAUGCGUUAAAGUAUUGUCAUAGUAAAAAUGUCAUUCACCGUGAUAUUAAACCGGAAAAUUUACUCCUCGGAAUGCACGGCGAAUUAAAAAUGGCAGAUUUCGGGUGGUCCGUUCAUGCGCCAUCCUCUAGGCGAGAAACACUCUGUGGUACCCUGGACUAUUUACCCCCAGAGAUGGUUUUAGGAAAAACUCAUAAUCAUACUGUGGAUUUAUGGGGUGUUGGAGUUUUAUGCUAUGAGUGCCUUGUGGGAAAUCCACCAUUCCUUGCUCAAACCUAUGACGAGACUUACAUGAAAAUUAGAAAAGCUCAAUAUAAGUUCCCUAGCUUUGUAAGCGAAGGAGCUCGUGAUUUAAUUUCCAAGCUAUUGGUGGUUGAUCCGGAGGGACGACUAUCGCUUGACGGGAUCUUAAAUCAUGCUUGGAUUAUGGAGAAAAGAACGACUGAACCCCAUAAGCAGUGAAAGUGGUCAUUUUAUUUUAAUUGUGAUAUGUCAUAAUAAUACUUCGAUGUACUAUAAUGAAAUUUAUUCAUAUUUUACCCUAUAAUUUAACGUAUUAUAAUGUACUUUAUAUUACUAUAUGAUUGGUGGAAUUAAUA